AUGAAAAAGGAUAAUCUCCAAUUAAAACCCCAAGUAACGCCAAAACAUCCGGAAAAAAGGCAUUCUGCUCGAAUCAUAGCUUUACAUUCCCUUUUGACCUUCAAACCAUUUACAAUCAUCUAUCAUUCUUCUCACAAAAAGCAGUCAUCAAACGUUGAAUUUAAUCAUCAUCAGCAAAAUUUAUGCUCGAAUUGCAAAGAAAUUUCGAUAUCAAAGCUUAAAAAACUAAGCUUAAAAUAG